UUAGUAACAUUUUGAUAGACAGCAAAGAAAGGAAGAGAAAAAUGGCAUCGGAGCAGGAGCGAGCUGAGCUUGACGCAAGGGCAAGGCAAGGAGAGACAGUGGUUCCGGGCGGAACUGGCGGCAAGAGCCUUGAUGCCCAGGAGAACCUGGCUGAAGGGAGAAGCCGAGGAGGGCAGACUCGUCGGGAACAGCUGGGGACAGAAGGGUACCAGGAAAUGGGAAGCCGAGGAGGACAGACUAGGAAAGAGCAGAUUGGAAGAGAAGGGUAUCAAGAGAUGGGCCGGAAAGGCGGCCUGAGCACCACUGACAAGUCCGGUGGCGAACGCAUGGCCGAGGAAGGGAUUGACAUUGAUGAAUCCAAGUUUAGGAAAUGAAUGUUCUACGUCACGCAUAAUAGAGGUCUAUAAACGUUAAUCCUUCCUAUGUACUCUUUUAUUGUAUGUCUGUUUGUCUCUCGUCUGUGUUCGUAUAUAUUGGUCUGAAGCUUCUUUCCUUUGUUUCUCUAUUUAAUGGUUGCAUUGGAAACCCUCAAACAA